CCCUACCGGUCUCAUGACAGACGAUCAGCGACAGCAACCCCACCCGACGGAUCCAUCGAAACUCCGAAGGCACCGCCGACCAUGGUGGGAUACAGCAGGUGAUGCAUCACGAUUAUCCAUAGCGGGUSYUGCGAGUUGCCUUCUCUUCAGCUGAGACCAAACCAUCCACGACGCAACGCCAAUAAAACACGAUUGUAAUUGAAACGCAUCGCAACAGCAACACCGCAGAAGGCCAAUCGAUACACUCAUUCUAAUUCCAUUAAACGAACCCACGAUGGCAGACGACAACAACAACAGCGACGACGAAAAUGACAACGAACUCUACGACGAAUUCGGGAAUUACAUCGGACCCGAACUAGAUUCUUCGGACGAUGAUUCUUCGGACGARUCCGAAGKUGGMAAUGACCAUGGCAUUGGCGAUGAGGGAUCCGUGGUCUCGGGAAUGGACGACGACGAGACCAAUGCAAUAGUCGUUGCGGACGAAUCGGCAUCCCUGGCGAAGCAAACGGCCGACCCGGCAAACGCCAUUGUCCUCCACGAAGACAAGGAGCACUACCCGUCGGCCGAGGACACCUUCGGAGAGGGGGUUCGCACGGCGGUCCUGGACGAGGACGCCAUGGACCUGGACCAGCCCAUCGUAGAACCCGUUGUGACGAAAUCCCAUCACCUUGGGGGGGGCGACGACGACGACGACGACGACGACGAGUCGGGAGAAGGAAGGAGGGGCAAGCGCAGCAAGCAGUCUGUGUCCUACCUGUACAGCGACGAGUUCCUGACGUCCAACUUGUUGUCCAAUGAAACCACGGCCACGAGGCGCGGGAUUGCCUUGGUGGGCCAGUUCCACCACGGAAAAACUAGUCUGGUCGACACGCUCAUGGAACCUACGCUGAAACCCUCGGACCGGUGGGACCCCCUCGAUUCCUCCUCGGAGGAUCCCACCGAGCACACGACGAGUGCCAAGAGCGAGACCCUCCGGUACACCGACAUUACGCAGAGCGAGCGGGACCGCCGGAUGUCCCUGCAGAGCUGCCCCAUCACGCUGGCCCUCCCAGACACCCGGGGAAAAUCCUACGCGGUGACCCUGGUCGAUUGCCCGGGCCACGUACAGUUCCACGACGAGUCGGUAGCGGCCCUCCGGUCCGUCGACGGGGCCGUCCUCUGCGUCGACGCCCUCGAGGGGAUCGCGAUGCACACGGAGCUCCUGGCCAGGCAGAUUGUUUCGGAGGGCCUGCCGGUGUGCCUGGUKAUCACCAAGGUGGACCGGCUGGUGACGGAGCUUCGCCUCCCACCGAGGGACGCCUACUUCAAGCUGCUCAGCAUCGUUGAAGCGAYCAACCGACUGAUCCAGGACGCCUCCCACGGGCGCUAUCCGGAGAUCUCCCCGACGAGGGGAAACGUGGCCUUUUCGAGCGCCAUCCACRGCUGGCUCUUCACUCUAAAAAGCAUGACGGAGGUCUACCUCGAGCACUCUGCCGAAGAGUCGGUCGGGACGAAUCUGACGUCYGCGCAGUUUGCUAGCCGUCUAUGGGGCGAUUGGUGGUACGACCCAGACACGAAACGAUUCGUCGACGAYCCUGCCGAGUGCUCGUCCCCGCAGCGGCACCGGUCCUUCGUGACCUUUUGCCUGGAACCGAUCUACAAGAUCUAUGCGGCCUGUCUAGGUGAAUCCGAGGAAGACGUGGCGGCCACCCUCAAGCCGCUGGGUGUACACCUCACCAAGGCCCAGCUACGAUCCUCUGCGCGGCCCCUGCUGCGGACGGCCCUGUCCCGGUUUCUGGAAACGGCCUCUUGCGGCUUUGUCGACAUGGUGGUGAAGCACGUGUAAGUUUUAUAUGGUAUAGUUAAGGAAUACARUGGCUGGCAACUGUUUGUAUCGGUUGUGGUCGCAUAUUUUUUCUUUCAUUCCCUGCUCCUCGCAAAAGUAGCAAUGGAGUCGUUUUGSUUUGAAACCUGAUUCGUUGAAUUAUAAAUUUGUGUGCGGACGAGGAAUCUUUUCGAUCUUUCUUACCUUGUGCUUGCGUYUCGUGUUUUAUUCUGGUUUAACAACACUGUAGACCACCCCCAUCUUCUGCCGCCAAGGGGAAGGUCGCCCGGUGCUAUUCGGGCCCCUUGGAUGCACCCUUUGUCAGAGACAUGGUCCACUGCAMAGCGGYCAAGGCCGAAAAACUGAUCAUGCACGCUACGAAGCUCUACAGUAGUAGUGACGGACGGUCGUUUGAUGUCUUUUGCAGGAUCUACUGCGGAACCUGCAAGCCGGGGCAAAGGGUCCGGGUCCUAGGAGAGGGAUACGCACCUGGUGAAGACGACGAGGACACGUCGGUGGCGACCAUCGAAUCGAUUGCGAUUCCCAGGGGGAGGAGUCGAACGAGGGUCACCUUGGCAACCGCCGGAAACUGGGUGCUGCUGAAAGGGGUCGAUGCARCUAUUGCCAAGACGGCCACGAUUGUUGGAAUCAACGGUGGCACAGAGGACGGAGACAGCGGCUACGGAGAUGACGACGAAGAUGUAGACGAGGAACACCCCGUUCACAUUUUUUCGCCCCUGAAAUUCCCGUUUGCCGGCGGCGAAUCCACCAUGAAACUGGCGCUGGAACCUCUGAAUCCAGCUGAGCUGCCCAAAAUGGUUCAGGGUUUGCGYAGCGUGAGCAAGGCUUAUCCCAUGGUGAAGACACGGGUGGAAGAAUCUGGGGAACACGUUCUGUACGGGACGGGCGAGUUGUACAUGGACUGCGUUCUGCACGAUCUCAGGCACGUGUACGGGGACGUCGAGGUAAAAGUGGCUGACCCUUCUGUUGCUCUUAGGGAAACUGUGGUAGAAACGAGCAGCCUCAAGUGCUUUUCCGAAACAACCAACAAAAAGAACAAGCUCACCUUCAUUGCCGAGCCCAUGGACGACGGAUUGGCAGAGCGCCUCGAAUCCGGAAAGGUCCGGAUCCAUGACUGGGACAAGCGAAAGACCGGGCGGUUCUUCCAGUCGCAGUACGGCUGGGACUUGCUGUCUUCCCGCUCCGUGUGGGCCUUUGGAGAUUCCCCCACCUGUGGGACGAACCUAUUGCUUGAYGAUACGCUGCCUAGCGAAGUCGACAAGACACUGCUGGAUUCAUGCAAGUCCAGCAUCGUCCAGGGCUUUCAGUGGGCGACCCGUGAAGGCCCGCUCUGCGAGGAACCCGUUCGUGGAACCAAGCUCAAGAUCCUGGAGGUAACCCUGGCCGACAAGGCGAUUUAUCGAGGAGGGGGUCAGAUCAUUCCAACGGCUCGUCGAACCGUUCACUCGUCACUCCUGACGGCAACCCCCAGGCUGAUGGAACCCAUCUACAAGGUCCAGAUCCAGUGCCCGGGAGACAUGGUGGCCGCUAUACAGCCCGUUCUCAAGCGACGGAGGGGGCAUAUUGUGCAGGACCGCCCCAUCUCGGGGACACUGCUGUACAACGUCCGCGGAUUCGUGCCGUUGCUGGACUCGUUUGGGUUCGAGACGGACCUGAGGACCUACACUCAGGGCCAGGCCAUGGUCCACGCCGUCUUUGACCACUGGGCRAUCGUUCCCGGAGAUCCCCUUGACAAGAACAUAUUGCUGCACCCGCUAGAACCUUCUCCGCCCCAYGUGCUGGCCAGAGAACUGCUUUUGAAAACCAGACGGCGCAAGGGAUUGUCAGAGGACGUUUCGAUCGACAAGUUUUUUGACGCAGCCAUGAAAGAGCAAAUGGCGUUCACGAACGCGGAGGAUUCGGGGAAACUGGUGGAAGAGAUGGAAGACGGAGAAGAAAUGGCCGACUAAGAACGAUAGUGGUCUAAUCCUUUCUAAUAGCACAUCAACAAUGAAUACUGGAGAAGGCA